CUGGCCGGACUCUCAGGAAUAACCUCACCCAUGUCUAUAAGGCUACAUGAUGUUCUUUCUAGACGACUUUGGUCCUGAAUUUAGCAGUCAGGAGCAUCCCAGUCCAGUUCCAGAUCAAUGGUAGACUUUAUUUUUACCCAUCUCGUCUUUUCAAGCGUUACAAAGAUGACUAACUUCUCUCACACUCUCGUCGUCGGCUUUACCCACACUCUCGCGCGUCAAUGUCAUUUGUGAACCCGGUAGUUGGCCCUUCAAAUGUGCCAUUCUCCAACUCAUUUAUUUAUUACCCACAAUGGGGAUAUCACGUAUAUAUAUGACACGCGCGCUAUGCUUUCCCCUAUCCUCGCUGCUCUGGUUGCGUCUUGAUCGCCUGCCUGUCUCCUCAUCGCGAUUUAAAAGGGCUAUUGUCGUGCAUUUGUCCAUUCCCGACUUGCCUUCCAUGCAGCAGGCUACUCAUCCCCGUCUUCAUCUUCGCGACACGCGCGACGCCCAUAUUAUCUUUGAGGCCGUCAGGCAAGGCUUUCUUCGGCCAGUUACCAGACGUCUUAACGAGGCUGAGAGAGCUACAUCAGUACGUUCUGGCGCUGUGUUCGUUUGGGAAGAGCGCGACGACGAGUCAGGUCUCAAACGUUGGACUGAUGGACGCCUUUGGGGACAGUCCCGUAUGCGUGAACCAUACUUAUUCUAUGAUGAGAAACUUCCUUCAGCGCCAGGCGGUGAGACAUCCACCUCCGCACGGUCACCACCCACCUUCAGAUUUGUCGAUGGUGUGUCCCGCACGAUCCCCUCAUCGUCAGCUCUUCUCCAUCAAGAUCGCAGUGGCGGAAAUCACCCCGGUUUAAUUAAGCAGGCAUAUUCUGCUUGGGUGCAACUUUCACCAACAGGUACACCGCGUAAAUGGCACCUUACUGCCUAUUUCACGUAUGCCGAUCUUCCGACAAUACCAACUGUUGAUGCGGACGCGAUCUUGCGAAACAUUAUCGUUCCGCCGGGGAUUUACCAGAGUGGGAAAGCCAGGAAAGGGGACGAUGGUGUCGUGGAGACCUUUGGGCACUCGGCGCUGCCACCACUUCAUUCCGCUGUAGGGGGAUAUAACAUGGGAGUCAUAUCUGGUAGCUCUUCCCAGCGGGGUCAUCAUCGCAUGUCAGAAGACCAAAGAGUCAUACAAAUACUGAAUUCUAGACAUAUAUCAUAGCAUGCGUCAAAAUGUC